CGGCGGAAGGGGCGGGCCGGACCGGGCGGGGCGGAGCGGCCGCAGCGGGCACCGGCCGCGAUCCACGGCGUUCGAGCCUCACGGGAGCUCUGCCGGGAGCCUCCAAGGGGCCUCCGAGGGGUUGCUUCGCCUGCAGGAAACACGGGGCUGCUGAGGCGGCCCGUAGAUCUGAACACGGUCGCAGGAACACUGAUGGUUAGUGAGAGGAGCCCAGCUGAUCACAGAGCACUGGAUGGGGAUCUAUUUUCUGCUGUUAGUUGUAGGGCUUUGCUGGGGGCAGUACAACCCCAACACUCUCCCAAAGAGAACCUCUAUUGUGCAUCUCUUUGAAUGGCGCUGGAAGGAUAUUGCUGAGGAGUGUGAGCGCUACUUAGCUCCACAUGGAUUUGGAGGAGUUCAGAUUUCACCUCCAAAUGAAAAUGUUAUCAUUACUGACCCCCGGCAACCAUGGUGGGAAAGAUACCAGCCUGUCAGCUACAAGCUGUGCACAAGAUCUGGAAAUGAAACUGAAUUUAGAGACAUGGUGACCCGGUGCAACAAUGUUGGAGUGCACAUUUAUGUGGAUGCAGUAAUCAACCAUAUGUGUGGAGCUAAUGCUGGGGCUGGUGACCAUGCUACUUGUGGAAGCUAUUUCAAUGCAAAGACUGAAGAUUUCCCAGCUGUGCCCUAUUCUGGCUUGGACUUUAAUGAUCAUAAAUGUAAAUCUAGAAGUGGAAACAUUGAGAAUUAUCAUGAUAUAUCUCAGGUGCGGGACUGCCGCCUGGUCAGCCUGCUGGACCUGGCCCUGGACAAGGACCACGUGCGCUCCAGGGUUACCGCGUACCUGAACCAGCUCCUCGGCCUCGGCGUGGCGGGCUUCCGCAUCGACGCUGCCAAGCACAUGUGGCCUGCCGAUGUCAAGGCCAUUCUAGACGAGCUGGAAGAUCUAAAUACUCAAUGGUUUCCUGCAGGAACUAAACCUUUCAUUUACCAAGAGGUAAUUGACUUGGGUACAGAGCCCAUCAAAGGCAGUGAGUACUUUGGAAAUGGCCGAGUGACAGAAUUCAAGUACGGUGCCAAGCUGGGGACAGUGCUCCGCAAGUGGAACGGAGAAAAGAUGGCCUACUUAAAGAACUGGGGAGAAGGCUGGGGCUUUGUGCCUUCCGACAGAGCCCUGGUCUUUGUGGAUAAUCACGACAACCAGAGAGGACACGGCGCUGGUGGAGCUUCCAUUCUGACCUUCUGGGAUGCCAGGCUCUAUAAAAUGGCAGUUGGUUUCAUGCUUGCCCAUCCGUACGGCUUCACACGUGUGAUGUCAAGUUUUCGCUGGCCAAGACAUUUUGAAAAUGGAAAGGACGUCAAUGACUGGUAUGGCCCCCCAAGUUACUCAGAUGGCUCCAUAAAGCCCGUUACAAUCAAUCCGGACACGACCUGCGGCAACGACUGGGUUUGUGAACAUCGCUGGCGUCAGAUCAGGAACAUGGUUAUCUUCCGUAACGUGGUGGAUGGUGAGCCUUUCUCCAACUGGUGGGACAAUGGCAGCAAUCAAGUGGCUUUUGGCCGUGGGAAUAAAGGCUUCAUCAUCUUCAAUAAUGAUGAUUGGUCCUUGAAUGUAUCUCUGCAAACUGGUCUGCCUGCUGGCACUUACUGUGAUAUCAUUUCUGGGCAAAAGGAAGGUGACUUCUGUACAGCAGUUGAAGUUCACGUUGCUGCUGAUGGCAUGGCUAAUUUCCUAAUUGGGAAUGAAGACCAAGACCCAUUCAUUGCCAUUCAUGUUGAUGCUAAAUUGUAACCAGAUGUGUUGUGCAUGUGCUGUUCCUUCUCCUCUGUAUCUUUGUUAACAGCAAACAGAUGUGCAGAAUGUCCUGGCUCUCAGGACUGCAUGAACCGAGACUGAGCAAAGUGUGUUAGCUGUAAUACUAAUGAAAUGGUGAGCAGCUGCUGUACAGAGAUGGGAACUGGUGGUGCCAUGCACAUCUGGGAGUGGUGCUAUACAUCUGCAUGCAUUUGUAAGUGUGCUUUAUUCAGUUAAGGCGCUAAUAAAAAAUGGAAGGAGAAAUUGACAUUAAUACAUUUAAAAUCGUGCUGCUCUGUGCAGAAGUGGAAAUGCGGUUCUCUUUAGGGGCAAGCAGGAUUGCUAUUAUUGACAGGAUAUCCAGAAACCAAGAGAAGAUUCCUUUGUGCUGAAACAUGGCACAGUUCAAGUUGAUUUUCUAGUCUUCAUAUUCUCUUAGAGUAUAGUUUUAUUGUUAGUAUUACUCAAAUUUAUACAUUGUUCAUUAUUCUCAUUUAUUCAAUAAGGAUUGUCGCUAAGACAGUGAUCUUUUAAGUCAGUUUGAAAUGAAGACUUGAAAUCAUUUCAUGAAGAAAAAUCAAAGGUCUUUUUUUUGAAGGAGGAAAUUGUAGGAAAUUCAAGAAAGGACUUGGAAAACAGCUCUAGCUUUCAAAUUCAGUCAGGCAGCUAGAACUCAUCUCUCUCUAUCAUUUGCAUCUGAUAUUGGGUUUUCCUUGACUCUGUUGUAUUGGUUUUGCACGGCCUGGUUUUUGAUAGCCAGGGUACUACAGAGGUGGCUCCUGUGAGAAGCUGCUAGAAGCUUCCACCGUUUCCAGCAGAGCCAAUCCCUGAUGGCUCUGAAGAUGGACAUGCUGCUGGCCAAAACCAGUCCAAUGAGAGAGGUUGGUAAUGCCUCUGUACUAACAUAUUUAAGAAGAAAAUCAAAACAGAGUCACAUGGUUUUUCUUCUAGUCAGAAAAGAGGAGGAGGUGAGAACAGACCUUGGACACACCAAGGUCAGUGCAGAAGGAGGGAGAGGAGGUGCUCCAGGUGCCAGAGCCAAGAUUCCUCUGCUGGCCUCAUAGUGAUGACCAUGGUGAAGCAGCUGUGCCCAUGGGAAUCCAUGGGAGAUGCAGAGAUCCACUCACAGCCCAUGGGGGAGGUGCCCAUGCUGGAGCAAGUAGAUGCCUGGAGGAGUCUGUGAUCCAGUGGAAGACCCAGUGGAAAGAGGGGGCCCUUGCUUCCAGGCUGGAGCAGCCUGUCUUUGGAGGACUGUACCCCGUGGGAAGAGAGACCCAGGUCACAACAGUUUUGGGAGGCUGUGUGCCCAUGAGAAGGACUCAUGCUGCAGCAGGUGAGGUUUGGCUGCUGCUCUGGAGAGCGGACCCACACCAAGGCAGUUCACAGAAAAAUGUCCCCUGUGGGAGGGACCCCAUAUCCUCGCAGGGGGAGGACUCCUCUCCCUGAGCAGCAGAAGAGAAUCUUGGUGAUGAACUUACCAAAACCCCUAUGUCCUGUCUCCCUGCAGUGUUGGUGGGAAGGAGGAGAGGCUGGAGUGAAACAGUGUUUUAAGGGCAUGUUUUACUUCUCAUUAUCCACCUCUGAUUCUGUUUGUAAUAAACUCACUUGGCAACCUUAAGUUGAA